GGUAAACUUCUCAGCCACACGCCUUUUCCUAUUUUCACUGUACCUUUGAGACCAGUUCUUGUCUGGAAUCAUGCCUCUGUCAGGAACACCAGCACCACCCAACAAGCGGAAAAAGCCCUCCAAGAUAAUCACUGACCUGUCACACAUUGCCCAAGAUGAGUAUGAAUCAGAGCCUGAGGCCUCAGAGUUUGACUUGGGGAAAAAGAUCAGGGCACCCAAGGACAUCAUGCUAGAGGAACUGUCCCUUAAUAAGAACAAAGGCUCCAAGAUGUUCAAGAUGAGGCAAAUUCGAGUGGAGAAGUUUAUCUAUGAGAACAACCCUGACCUCUUCAGUAGUGAGUCUAUGGAUAACCUCCAGAAGUUUGUGCCCAGCCUGGGGGGCCAGAUGAUGGAUGUUGGUGGACGCCUGAUUGGUGGACAGAUGGCUGGGCAUGCUGGUGGGGUCGGCCAAGCACCCGUGCCUCCUCCUAAACCCGGAAGCUUUGGCAAGGGAGCCGGGGGUGGGCUGCUGGCUGGUGGACUCGCUGGAGGACCUGGAGGUGUUGGAGGUGUUGGAGUGUCAGGAGGAGGAGUAGGGGGAAAGGAUGGUCUGUCAGUAGAUAUCUCACUGACUGGUGAUCAAAGUUCUAAGGCUGCUUUGGACAAGGCUAAAAAGAGUGCUGAAUAUGUGAAAACAUACAUUUCCCCUUGGGAACGAGCUAUGAAGGGCAACGAAGACCUUCUAGCCACAAUGAAGGCUCAAAUGCCAUCACCCUGCACUUUCAUGGAGCUGCGGAAAUACAAGAGCUUCAACAGGAGUGCCAUGCCUUUCGGUGGAUUUGAGAAGGCGUCCCAGCUGAUGACCUUCCAGCUGCCAGACAUCGAGGUGGCCACCGAGGAGCCCGAGCCUGCAGUGGUUUACCAGCAUGACAUCAACUCAAGACCCUCCUUUAAUCGUACACCUAUUGGCUGGGGUGGCAGCGCUGAACCAGGCAGCAUUCACAUGGAGCUGGAAACUAUACCAUUUGAUGGGGAGACUGACGAUCUGUGAGCUUACAAUCCUAUAUAAACUAAUAUGCCUGUCCUAAUUACCCUGCAUCUGUCCUUAUAACCCUCAUAUGCACACAUAGUCACAAUGCAGCAUCCUGUAGGUCCAUCAGGAGGACAUAUAAAAUGUGAAUUGUACACUUAAUCUAAACCUGUACGUGAGCCUAAAAUAAAGAAAUUCUUAUGUUUUUGUGUAGGUAUCUUGUGCAUAAAGCAUAUCAGCCUAAAUUAGCAUGUCAGGUGGAGACUGAUGUUUUGGUUCUCUUGUUAUUUUGUCAGCGUGUUGCACUUUAGAAGUGAACAAAUGAGCUUGAUGUGCCUUAGGCAACAAUGUCCAGUUAGCACUAUAGCACUGAUGGACUGCUUGGCACACUGCUGUUUUCAGUCACUUAGAUACAGGUAAACAGUUCUGAGAGCAUAAUCUGCAACCUCCCUUUAAAACAGCCUAUCGUCACACUUUACCACUCAUUAUAGUGUCAUUUACAUGCGUAAAUACUAAUUAUAGUCAUGGCCAUCUUGCACUUAUUAUAAUUGUGUUGUGGAACACAUCAAACAGUUGCUCUUGCUAUAGUAAAUUACUGUUGUUAAAUUAUGCACAUAAAUAUAUUCAUUAUAUCCAUGUCAUCAUAAACAUUUAUGAACAUCAUCAAACGUAGGGUGAUCAAAUAAAAUCUCUAAUCUCUGUCUCCAAGCUAAGCUGCUACAUGCCCAUUCUUUAAUAAAUGAUCGAUUGCGUA